UGCAAGCGUAAAGUGUGACCGACUGAUCGCGAAGAGUUACCGAAUUGAUUGUAGCAGUUGUUGAUUGAGGAUUCACUUGAUGGAGGUAGGAGUGGGUAAUUCUCCGGAAACCGGCGGAGUGGCGAUGGAAUUUCCGGUUUUUGACGGUGCGGAGUUGUCAUCACCUCCGACUGUGCCGCCAAGACUACGCCGUAGGCUCACUGAAACGAAGUCUUCUGGUUCUCCUUCUAGCGUUGAAGAAAUCGAAGCCAAGCUUCGCAAUGCAGAUCUUCGUCGACAGAAAUUUUAUGAGAGUUUGUCAAGUAAGGCUCGGCCAAAGCGCAGGAGCCCUCAAUAUGCAAAUGGGCAUAACCUUGGUCAACGUCUAGAGGCCAAGCUUCAAGCCGCUGAACAGAAAAGAAUGCAGAUUCUCAAGGCCCACAGCCAACGGAGGGCCACAUUAAGGGAGAAGACAUAUCAGUCGCUAUUAAGAAGGAAUGCUCUUCAGAGCAAGUACAAGGAGCACCUUCAUGCUGCAAUUUACCAAAAGCGUGCGACAGCUGAAAAGAACAGAGUGGAACUACUGGGAACUGACAAAGAAAAAACACAUGCUAGGCGUUUACAGGCAAGGAAGGUAGCCAAGUCAGUCUCACAACAGCAAGAGACUGAAAGUCUGAAAUUGAGGGAGAGUUUGGAAGAUAAAUUGCAAAGAGCAAAGAGACGGAGAGCAGCCUACCUAAUGGAGAAAGUAAGCUUACAUAAUUCUGUAGGUGUUAAUUGGAAUGAAAAGACGCAGAAGCAAGCUGACCAUCUUUCUAGAAAUUUGUUGAGAUGCUGGAGAAAGUUCCUGAAGCAGAGGACAACCUUAGAUCUGGCGAGAAGCUACCAUGAUCUGAAUAUUAAUGCCAGUCAUGGGAAAUCAAUACCGUUUGAGAAUUUUGCAAUUUUGAUUGAAACAUCCUCUACACUUCGGACUACAAAAGUUUUACUUGACCGGCUCGAGACUCGUUACAGAGUGUUGCUGGCCGUUGCAUCUGGAACCAUUUCCCCUGGCCAGGAGGACAUCGAUCACCUUCUUACACGAGUUACUUUGCCAAAUGGGGCUACUCCUCGGAGCCCUGUCCGUACCAGAUAUGUAAAGAAAGCAGAGUCUGCUAGAGCAGCCACCAAAGCACCUGUUAAGUUAUCAAGGUACCAAGUCAGAGUUGUGCUAAGUGCCUACAUGAUUCUGGGUCAUCCUAAUGCAGUUUUUAGUGGUCAAGGGGUGCGUGAGACCGCUUUAGCAAAGUCUGCCAAGAAGUUCGUUCAAGAAUUUGAGUUGUUAAUUGACAUAAUACUAGAUGGACCUUCACAGAGGUCUGGUGAAGAAUCCAACCCCGCAUCGGCUAGAAGUUGCACCUUCAGGUCUCAGCUUGCAGCUUUUGAUACCGCAUGGUGCUCCUACUUGAAUAGCUUUGUUGUAUGGAAGGUUAAGGAUGUAGAGUCUUUAGAGAAUGAUUUGGUGAGGGCUGCCUGCCAGAUGGAAAUCUCUAUCAUGCAAAAAUACAAGCCAACGACUGAAGGAGAUGACAAUGCACUUACACAUGAUGUGAAAGUUUUUCAGAAACAGAUGCAGGUUACAGAACAUCAGAAACUGUUGAGGGAAAAGGUAAUGCACCUGAGCGGAGAGGCUGGUAUAGAGCGUAUGCAGAAUGCUCUUUCCGACACACGAAAAAAGUACUUUCAAUCAAAGGAGCAUUGUAGUCCUGCUGACUCACCAGUCGCACAUAUACCAUCUCCUUGCGUGCCGACUUCUCUGCCCAUGGCUGGCCCAGAUGAAAGAAGUGAUAGUGUAGUUCAGUCGCUAUCCAAUGAUACCGAUACCAUGCUACCGCUUGAAGACCUUGGCUCCUCUGUUGCUAGCAAUUCAGGUCUGGUAAACGAUUCUGGUGAGAUGCUGGGAAUGGAGAAUGUGUUCAUUGUGAAUGAAUUUCUUCAUGGGCGGCAUUAUUCUGUUGCUGACAGUUCGAACAUCAGUGAUGAAAACCAAAAGGUACGCGAGACAAUGGAAAAAGCUUUCUGGGAUGGCAUCUCAGAUUCUAUACAACAGGAAAAGUACGAUCACAUUGUAGUGUUGAUGAAGGAGGUGAGGGAUGAGCUUUACGAGAUGUCUCCUAAGAGCUGGAAACCAAAGAUUACUGAAGUUAUUGAUCUUGAUAUUCUUUCCCAGUUGCUGAGUUCCCACCGUUUGGACAUGGAAUAUCUUGGAACGAUCAUGGAGUUUGCGUUAGUCAGUUUGCAGAAGCUUUCAGCUGUAGCACAUGAAAACCAACUUAAAGAAUCUCAUAAGAAAGUGGUUUUGGAACUAUCCGAGUUAUGUCAAGCUGGAGAUGGAUCAAACAGUUCACAUGCAAUAGCUUUGAUGAAAGGUUUGCGGUUUGUACUGGAGCAGAUACAGGUGCUCAAGCAAGAAAUUAGCAAGGCACGAAUGAAGAUCCUGGAACCGUUGCUGAAAGGACCCACGGGUUUGGAGUACUUAGGAAAAGCUUUUGUAAAGCUCUAUGGUCCACCAUCUGAUGCCUUGAAUCGCCUUCCAAUGACCAUGCAGUGGCUUUCAUCCGUGGUUCCUGGCAAAGAUCAGGAAUGGAUUGAAUACAAGAGGGCAAUUUUAGAGUUGCAAGAAGGUUCGUCUUCAGAAAGGCCUGUUAUCCCGUCCACUGCCCUUAGGACUGGUGGAAGCUUCUCAUCUAGUAGAUUGCAAGCUUCAGCCGGUAUGAAUGUCACUGAUAUAGCAGGAACCGAUAAUAGAUGUACAGAUUGCAAGGGAGAAAAAGGUGACUUGCUUGUGAGGCUAGGUCUGGUUAAGCUGGUGAACAACGUUAAUGGUGUGACACAGGAGGAGUUGCCUGAAACACUAAAACUCAACUUUCUCAGGCUGCGGGCAGUUCAAGCCCAACUUCAGAAGAUCACCGUAAUAGCUACCAGCAUCUUAGUUCUUCGACAAACACUUGUGAUGGAGCAAAUGAUAUCAAGUUUUGAGGACAUGGAAAGCACAAUACUCAGAUGCUCCUCGCAGCUUUCCCGGAUCCUUGACACAGUUGUGGAUGCCGGCCUAGAACAGAUUGUCCAACUUCUAAGCAAGACGGCCGAGAGGUUUGAUAAAUCCGACGAUUCGGCCAAAACUCAGUCGAGAAGGGUUGUAAUGGCAAGAACACUCAGAAAAAGCUUACAAGCUGGGGACCCAGUUUUUGUUAGGGUGUCACGAGCUGUGUAUUUGGCAACGAGAGGAGUUGUACUCGCGGGGAGUGGGACCCAUGGAAGAGGGUUGGCGGAGAAGGCACUCCGGCAGGUGGGUGCUGCCAUUCUGACGGAUAAGGUGGUGGCACGGGGGACGGUGUUGGGAGUUAUGAGCAGAGUAAGUGAGAAUGUUCAUGGACCAUGGUAUGCUCGAUUGAUUCAGAAUAUGUGAAAGGAAACCAUCAUCAUUUGUGUGCAUAAUUGAAGAAGGAAAUGUAUAAGGUUACCAAUAUGAAGUUCUUGUGUGGUUGAUAUUUGUUAGAGAUAUGAAAAUGGAUGGUCAGAUAAGAUCGGAUACGAGAUGUCAAAAUGGAUGGUCAGAUCAGAUCGGAUGCGAGAUAUCAAAAUGGACGGUCCGAUAAAAUUUUGAUAUGAUGUCAAAAUGGACAAAUCGGAUUUGAUCAGAUAAUACAAUGAAGGAUUCAUGGUUUGGUUUUGAAAGGAAAUGUCAAAUGGGUUGGUUUUGUACAUAAUCAAGCUCCAUGCUUGGGAAUAUUGCAUCAUGUGUGUAUUGUAUCUUUUUUGUUAUUA